AAAAAAAAUUUCCAUGCGUGGAUAGCUCGCUCCUCCCAAGCGAAAAUCCUGGCUCUUGAGAGUGACCAUUUAGCAAACUGGUGGACCAGAGAGGAAGAAAUUGAAAAAAACAAAAAGAGUUGUUCUGAUCCCAUCAAGGUUUUAUUGGCCGCAAGGAGAGCUAGAAAAAAAUCAUGGGUAGUUUAGUUGGUGAGGGAGAAGAAGAUCAACAUUCCCCAUUAUUAAUGACAAACUUCGGUGAUACUGAUGCUGAGAAGCCUUUCCAAAGAACUGGGACAAUAUGGACUGCGGUGGCGCACGUAAUCACUGGAAUAAUAGGGGCAGGAGUGCUGUCCUUGGCAUGGAGCACAGCUCAGCUAGGGUGGAUCGCCGGGCCACUGAUCAUGGUAGUCUUUGCAGCAAUCACCAUUCUUUCUGCAAACCUUCUCUGUGACUGCUACAGAUCUCCUGAUCCCGAAUGUGGGCCCGACCGGAACAAAUCCUACAUGGAUGCUGUUCAGUUCUAUUUGGGAGAGAACCACAAACGAGUAUGCGGAGUGGUUUUGAACGAGGGCUUUUAUGGGACUGCAGUUGCAUACGUUAUUACAUCCGCUGCAAGUGUGAAGGCAAUUGAAAAAUCAAAUUGUUACCACAAGCAAGGCCACGAUGCUCCCUGCAACUAUGGGGACACUAGGUAUAUGCUGCUAUUCGGAGGUGUCCAGAUUAUCGUAUCUCAGAUACCGAGUUUUCAUAACAUGGCAUGGCUCUCUAUCGUAGCAGCAAUCAUGUCCUUCACUUACGCUUUCAUAGGACUGGGACUUGGCUUCGCAAAAGUAGUUGAAAACAGGGAGAUCAAGGGGAGCAUAGGAGGAGUCGCAGCCGACAGUACGGCUGACAAAGUAUGGUUGGUCCUUCAGGCCAUUGGAGAUAUUGCUUUUGCCUAUCCAUAUACAGUCAUUCUUCUGGAAAUUCAGGAUACAUUGAAAUCGCCUCCGCCAGAAAGAAAGACAAUGAAGAAGGCCUCCACGACUGCAAUCUUCAUUACCACCUUCUUCUACCUCUGCUGCGGAUGCUUUGGAUAUGCAGCCUUCGGGAGUGACACACCGGGGAACCUCUUGACAGGAUUCGGGUUCUACGAGCCUUACUGGCUCGUUGAUUUCGCCAAUGCUUGCAUUGUUCUGCACCUAGUUGGAGGAUAUCAGGUGUACAGCCAGCCGGUUUUUGCGUUUGUGGAAGGAUGGUUCGGUGGGAAGUUUCCAAACAGCGGAUUUGUAAACAAUUUCUACUCCUUAAAACUCCCAUUGAUUCCAGCAUUUCAGUUGAAUCCUCUGAGGCUAUGUUUUAGGACUGCUUACGUUGUAUCGUCCACUGUAAUUGCAAUAAUCUUUCCUUACUUCAACCAAGUUUUGGGGGUGCUGGGGGCAUUCAACUUUUGGCCACUGGCGAUAUAUUUCCCAGUGGAAAUGUACUUUGUGCAGAGGAAGAUUGGGUCUUGGACAACUAAAUGGGUUGUUCUUCAAACUGUCAGCAUUGCUUGCUUGAUUGUGUCAAUAUUGGCCUUAAUUGGUUCAGUUCAAGGACUCAUUAGUGCUAAGUUGAGCUGAAAAAGUAUAGUACAAAGCUCCCACAAAUUAGAAAGGGGAAUAUAAUGCAUGGGUUUUUGCCCUAAAAAAACAAUCAAUGAGAUUAUAUAUAUAGCUGGUUGUGUCUGGUAUUUUUGUUUUGAUAUCGGAACAUAUAGCUAGUACAGAUGUUUGUUCUAGAUGUGAUGUAGCAAAGGGUUUGCUCCAAUUGUUGUAAAUGUUAUCUAAUUAAUUGAAAUUACGAUUGUGCUC